AUGCUGACGAACCCGGAGGGGUCAAUGGUGGCCUUAGGGGAGAAGUUGCGGGAAUAUGGAGAAAUCUCGGGCUAUCGGGCCAAUAUGGCCAAAUUCAGCGCUCUCCCUAUCUGCAUGACUCAAACCGAAAUAGAAAACAUACACCGCAACUACAAAAUCCAGAUGGAGCGAGAGGCCCUUAAAUAUCUGGGGAUAAGCCUCACGGCGGACCCGG